AUGUUGCCCACAGAUCCGUUGACGAAGACGGAUAUCUUUCAGUUCGAUAUUGUUACUGAACAGCUGGCUGCUAACUUCUUUCUCGUCGCUUUUGCUGCUACACUUGUUGCGUUGCGGUUCGUCGCAAGACGACUUCGCGAAACCAAAGUAUGGUGGGAUGAUGUUGCAGCAGUGGCUUCGCUGGUCUUCACUGUCGGUAUGCUCGCGAUGCACAUCACCUACGCGAACCACGGAAUGCGGUACCACGUCGCCGAACUACCCCUUGCCAACGUAACCUUCAUAGCCAAGCAACUCGUCGCCUACCAAGCUGUAUACUACGCCGCCAUGUCCAGCGUCAAGCUAUCGUACCUCUGGUUCUACCUGCGCAUCUUCCCCCAGGAGGCCUUUCGCAAAUGGGUCUGGAUAUGCAUGGGCCUCGUUGGUGGCUACUGGCUCGGUAGCAUGCUCCAGAUCUUCCUCAUCUGCACGCCUUUCGAGAUGAACUGGAACCCUACGAUCCCUGGUGGACACUGCGCGAGUUACAACGUCGCGUUCGUUACGAUUGGUAUCUUUAACAUGCUUACGGAUUUGAUCAUCAUGUUUCUGCCUAUACCGUUCAUCAGGCAACUGCAGAUGGCUAUUGGUACGAAGCUUGGAUUGGUGGCAAUCUUUGGGAUAGGUCUCUUUGUCACCGCCAUAACCAUAAUUCGCAUCAACGUCCUGCUCCACGUCGACUUUACCGACCUCUCCUACUCCAUGCACGAUGCGGCUUUCUGGUCAGUUGCCGAGCCCGCUAUCGCCAUCAUAAAUUGCUGUAUCGCGACGCUCCGGCCGUUGCUCAAACUCAUAUCCCCUGCCCGGCUAUGGGCUUCGAACAAAGCCAGCACCUCGGACCAUAUGGGCUACUCGGGAGGCAUUGGUUCAGGGAAUAAGUUGAGGAAUAAGAUUGGGAUUGAGCAUGAUGAGUACCCGCUGACUCGGGUGGAAGACGGUGUGACGAAUACAGUGAUUAUGUCUGGGAACCGCGGGGGCUCGCUAGGUGGAAAAUGUGACGCUGAUAGUGAAAAGAGUGGGAGGGAUGUAUCGACCGCGAAUAGUGUAUCGAAUUAA